CAGGAAUCAAUCUAAAACUGCUCGACUGACUGAAACCUGAGCACAAGCGACUAAAGCGGCACAUCAACAAAGAAUGCGACGCCACUCAGUCGCACAGUUGUGACGUCCGUUUAUCACAGAGGCAAGAUGGCUACAUCGGCUUGGAUGCGUGGCCCCUCUGCUAUGCGACUAACGGAGGGUUUGGUAUCGGUUCUGAAGGAACAGCGUCCCGAAUAUCUACCCACUUUGUUGGCAAACUACAGAGAGCAUGGCGUGUUUCAGACCCAGGGCGCGAGCGCUGUUGGUGGUCUCGUGGGUUUCAGCAAUGCCAAACUGGGCUCGAGCAAAACCAGGUUUGAGGGGCUGUGCCUGCUCUCCAUGCUGGUCAAAGACAGCUCCAGUGAUCUGUUCCAGCAGCACUGUGUCUCCUGGCUGCGCUCCCUGCAGCAGGUCAUCCAGGUAGGAUACACAUACAGGCACACACAUCGGCUGUCAUGGUAACUACAUAACUGACUU